GUCAAAAAAAACUAGUCACAAAGUCAUUUUUAUUUUGCUGUUAGUCCAUUAUUCGCAAAAACAUUGCUAUUUUGCAUUUAACGUGAUAAAGUUUAUUUAAUAACUUAUGUAAUUAUUAUCUCCGAUGAUAUUUUACCAGUCUAACAAUGCAAAAGAACAAAUAAGAGCCUCAGAUGCGUCCAAAAAGUGACUAGAAAUGGACCAACAAUUCUCAUUGUCUUGGAACAAUUUCCACGGGAACCUCAGUAAAGGGUUUGCAAGUUUAUUAGGAAACGGAGAAUUCGUUGAUGUAACCAUUGCUGUGGACGGCCACUUGCUACAAGCGCAUAAAGUUAUACUUUCAAUAUGCUCUCCAUAUUUCAAAAAAAUGUUCCAAUUAAAUCCCUGUCAGCAUCCAAUUGUGGUGUUAAGAGAUGUCACACACAAGGCCAUGAGAGAUUUAUUGCAAUUUAUGUAUCAUGGUGAAGUGAGUGUGAAGCGGGAAGAUCUCACUAGCUUUAUAGGCACUGCUGAAGUGUUACAGAUCAAAGGAUUAACUAAUAAGGAGACUGAAGAAGAAGUGUUUGAUUCUGAUAAAGAGGCAGCUAAACCACGACUAGAACCUCAAAAUGUCAGUCCAGAUGCAGAAUCAAGCACAUCUGACGCAUAUGACUCGACAACAAACGAAAUUCCAGAAAAUAACGAUAUUGACUUACGAAAACAAAGGCAAUUCAUUGAGAAACUUCAAAGACUAAGUAGUUUAAAAAGAAAAUCAGAGGAAUUCAUACAAAAGAAUCAGAAUUCAGAUGUUGUCAAUUCAGAAAAAAGGCCAAAGGUCACUGAUAAAACUGCAUACAGUAAGUCAAAUAAUCAAUUACUACAAUCCAGUAAGAUUGAAAAUAUUAGAAAUUUGUAUGAAGAAAAUGCUGUUGAAAUUACUACAUCUCUAAAUCCGAGUAUGCAAAAGUCGUGUACAGAAAAAGAAGCAAUGGAUCAUAAAAAUAAUUGUUUACCAGAAAACACAGUGGAAUUAAAAACGGAAUGUGAUGAUAGUGAUAUUAUAGUGACAGAUCCAGCUGUAUGUACCACUCCAAAAAGUUAUGAUAACUCAAGAGAAGGAAAGCCAAGUAUGUUACUACCUAUGGAGUAUCAGUCGCCACAAGAAAAUUGCACCAGUCUGAGCGCAUUGUUCAUGGACCUUAAAAACUUAGUGAACGGUAAAGUCACGAACACUUUAACGAGUAACGAGGAAUUUCCAAAAAAUGCCAUGGAGCAUCGUCUCGUGACAAUUCCCCAGAAAGAAGAUGGGAAAAAGAAAUAUCCCCAAAGAUCGUGCAGACUCUGCUGGAGAAUAGGUCGUCGUAGAGAUACGAGAUUCAUGUGCAGCGCUUGCGAAUUGCCGUUUUGCAAGUCGCCAUGCUUUGAAAUACAUUUUAACGAUAUGUUCAAAGUAUCACAAAUACAAGGAGAUUAUUACGCUAAUUAGUUGAUAGGUUUGCUAUUGCUUUUAGCCUCUUAAGAGGUGCUAGUAUUAAGAAAUAGUAUAUUUUUGUAAUCACAAGUGAUAUAAAGCAUAAAACAAUAUAAACGAAUCAUAGAUUCAUUUAGAUUGGGACCAAAAUGUUUAUGAGAGAAAUACUUUAUGAUAAAAUUAUGGAAGAAAGAAAUAUAAAGAUAGUUCCACUCAUUUGUGCAUUAGUUUCUUUGAAGUGUAUGAAAUAAUAUUAUCAUUUUAUUUUGCUAGUAUUAAGAUAGCAUUUGAACAAGACUCAUAUUUUUUUGAAAUACAAGUACUUAUAGCACAGAAAGAAAGUAAAAAUGAUUGAAACUAUCUAAACCAUUAACUAUUUUUGAAAAAAGAUGUUACAUAACUAUUUUAUAUAACUGAAAGUUACACUCAAAGUUAAAUGAAGAAAUCUAUAUUUUUAGAAUUUUUACCAGUGGUAUACUAACUUAUAAUGUUAGUAACCUAUCGUAGAUACUAAGGGACUUUUCUCCAGUGCCAAUACACUCUGUUGCUUAGUUUCUUUAAACUGUGUGAAUUUAUUGUGCCAUCAAUCCUCUGCCAUAUUAUUCAAAAGACUUGAUUGCUCAUAUUCUAGUCUAUUUAUUGUAUUUAAUUAGGGCUUAUUACGUAAGCGACUAAUGUAAGGUUGUGUUGUGAAUUGCAUUGCUGUAAAAUGCAUGUGAAACAAUAUGCAGGUAUACUAUAGUAUAGACGUUUUAUAAGCGUCUUUUCAGACGUGCCACAACCACAUUCCUUAAAAGCACUUAGUUUCGCAGUGUGUUCAAUUUUAGUUCGUUAACGCGUCGUUUCAUUCACACAUACGAUAAUUUGCAGUCGCGUUCAAGGACUGUUGCGAACGUGUGGUCAGUACCGAUAACAUGGCGUCUUUAAACGCAAGCUGUGCUGGACAAACGCAACUCCAUCGCAACCAAACGUAAUUUGUAAUAGAAAUAGAAAGAUUUUUUAUUCAAAUGAACUUUUACAAGUGUUUUGGAGUCGUUAAGUGAACCACGGGUUCGGAAGGCCUUUCCUAUCAAGAAGAUCCAGUAAAAAACUCUGCGGUUGCUGUUCCAUAACAAGGUAUGCCUAACACUUGUGUAGAACACUACAAGUUUAAUGGACUGCCCCAUCUAUAUGUGAUUUAGUAAAUUAAAUCAACAAAUUUUAAUUUUGUUUGUGUGAUUAUAACCACAAAUUCACGGUUUUCGGAUUUAUUCCUUUACUUGUGCUAUAAGACCUACCUACCUGCCAAAAAGAAUACUCAUUCCCACAAACGACUUCUGGACUUGCUGAUGGAAUGUAACUGAACCAUUCACACACAAGGCACAAUUGCUGUCUGGCGACAUUUUAGCCGCCGUGGUGUGGCCCGUCUGAAUAAACUCUAAGCAAAAUAAUAAACACAACCUAAAUGUCGCGUCUUUACCCGUGACUUAUGAUAUUUAGUGAUCUCUAUUUUGUAUUGGUGAAGUGAAAUUUUGAAUAAAAAUUAUAUUUACAUUCCAAAACGUGAUAAAAUAUAUUCAAUUCGUAUUGUAUCGGCUAAGGUCCUUAGGAUAAAAAAAUAUGUUGUUUGGGGAGAAAAAGUAUUUUUGUAUUGCGUGUGUGAGUUUUUAUAACAAAGUAUACUGGCGUGUUUUAUAUUACGAAUAUUAAAGGAUGUAUACAAAUA